AUGGCCAAGAACGUUUCAGACAGAUUAUCAAGUUCCAGAAAUGUUAUCUAUGGUGCCAGAAAUGAUACGUCAACUGGAAAGAAACGACCAGUAAUAACAAUUGGUGUAAGUGUAGCCGAGCGUGCACGUUUAUUUGGCACUCAAGUAAAAUCUGCAUCAUCGAAAAAUCAACAAACACAACGAUCUGUACCAAAUCAGCAAUCAAAAUCGAAUAUUGUCUAUCAAGACAGACACGAUCAACAACCAAAUACAAAUGUAGAUAGGCGUCCGAAAACAGAGAUAUCUUAUUCUACUCCACAGAAAGUAUCGAAUAAUCGUCGAUCGCCUGCUCGAGUUAAUAGAACAACACAUGCACAACCAUCAUCAACAAAUUCACACACUUAUUCAACACUAACACGACCGACAACAAGACAAAUCCCUCAUUCACAUGAUCAUAAUCGAUAUUCACCAACACGUCAUCAGACAUCUUCUUACGAUAGUUUUCAACAUGCUAUUCCACUACAACAACAAGCAUUUGGUAAAGAAAAUCACGCUGAAAUAGUACUCGGCAAAUUAUAUACUCCUGAUAAUGAUCUUUUUCUUGAAUUAUAUGACAGACAAAGAUCACCAUCACACAACACUGCUUAUCGAAUAUCAGACUAUUUUCAAUCAACACAGGAUCCUUUAAAAGUAUUGUUGAAAAAUUCAUCAGAAAGAUAUCCUCAACAACAGAUACCAAUAACAACAGAUACUGAUUUAACUGGUAUGCAACCAUUUGAUCUUGGAAACAUAAUGAAUCGUAUUCAACAAGAUUAUCUUGAUAAUGUUCGACCAUAUGUAUCUAGUGUGAAAUUUGUUGAUAAUGAUCAAAGUUUAGCUGAUAUCGGAUUUAUAACACCAGCAACUACUCGAAGAGGUUAUACAAGACAAAUGGAUGACAUAUAUCAUCGUCAAAUACCAUCACAUCAUCAUAAUUAUAUUGACACAAAUGGUUUUCGUUCAUACGACAAAAUGCAUCGAAAACAAUCAAUCAAUAGAAGAAAACAUAAGGCACGAUAUCGCGAUCAAGCAUCAUCACCUAUUCCAUCAUCUGAUAAAAUGGACACACGACGACAAUUAGACACUGAUCCUGUUACUAAGAAAAGUUCUUGCUCAGAUCUGCCUGCUGAUCCUAUUCCAAAACUACCAACACCGACUGCGACAAGUUACAGUGAAGAAGAAGAGGAAUCAACAAGAGCAAGCGGUCAACCAGAAAUGUCAAAAACAACUCAACAAGUUUCAUCUGACGUCACUUCAUCUGAAUCGUCAACAGCCUCUGAAGAUGAUUCGCAAGAACAUCUUUCAACAACUCCAAUACAACCACCUCUCUCUAAACCUGUCGACGAAGAUAUUCGUGCUUCAGUUACAGCCAAAACUCAAACAUCACAACGCAGCGAACUUAUUCGCCCAGCAUUGCAAAAUCAAAUUCCAUCAACAAUAGUUCCAGCUCAAAUAAGGAAAGGUCCAGCUGAAGAAAGUGAAACGGAAGAAUCUGAGUCUGAAACAGAAUCGGAUUCCGACAGCGACAGUGAUGAUGAAGAUGAAAACUUAGACGCUUCACUUGCUGCUGCACGCCCUGCAAAUACACCACAAAUAAAUGCUCGAGCAAUUCCACAACGAACAAACACCGAUAAUAAUUUGAUUCAACCGUUUGAUCCGGAAGACUCUGGAAAAUCAUCAUCGUUUACUGGCAAACUAAAGUCGUUAGUAAAUAAAUUUCGUCGUAAAAAAUCAUUGACUUUGAAUUAA